AUGGGAGAGGGAUCGGAGACUCCACCACCAGCCAAGAGGCGUAAAGCUAGGAGGGCGUGUGAUCAGUGUAGAAACAGGAAGCUGAGAUGUGAAUAUCCUGAUGAUGACCAGUCUCAAUGUGUCGCAUGUAAACGAUCCAAGUCUCAAUGUGAAUCUACCCAGCCUGCUAAAAUCGAUAAGAGAAGACUCCGAACUCUGGUAGAUCUAGCAACUACCGACGAGCAGAAACAAUGGGUAGCAGCUCAGAUAGCCUCGAGGGGGAUAUACGUAUCAUCGACUGAUACGGGUGCGCUGAGGAAAGCCAGACCAUCUACGGCCGGUGAUCCGAUCCAACUAGUGGCUAGAUUGUCCUCACCCAGCACAAGUAACAAUCCCACGACAGGAAUAUCACCGACUGCAGCAAGCAGCUCCUCAACACCCGUCGAUCUUCCAAAGAGUAGUAUCAUAACGUCAGAUACUUCGAGAUACAUCCAACGAGACGAUGAUCAACCGGAAGGAUCGACGUCCACGGGACCGCCAAGAAGAAACUCGGAUGAACCUCCUAAUCUCAAGCUCAGUGGACCGGAACCUAGAAUGCAGGGUCCAACCGCAACUAUCAACCUCCUGGCGGACUUGCCUGAAGAUUCAGCUGCUUUAGACCGCCGGUAUGGUUUGUUCAGAGUGACGGAGGGAUGGGUAUACGGCGCGAAUCCUGAUAUACCGAUGAGUGAGGGUCAGCUAUCGGAGCAGCAGGUCAGAGAAGAUGUUAUAGCGAAGUUGUUAUCCUUCUACACCGACCAAAUAGCCCCAUUGAACGCCGUCAUACCACCUCAUCGAAUAUCAUCUGCAAUCGAUACAUCCUCAUUCGUCUUCUCAUCCAUCCUCGCAGUCGCCGCUCUCUCUCGGGAAGUUCCAUCCUCCAUUUACGCCAGUGUACGGUCCAAACUUACCAGAGAACUACAUGAGGAACUGGGAAAAGGCAACGGAUCGACUUUGCAGCAGGUUCAGGGAUUAUUGAUAUCCGGAAUGUCGCAUGAGUUACAUGGGGAGACCAAUAUGGAAGGAGGAUCGAAUUGCUGGAUCAGGAUAGGUACGGCGAUAAGACAGGCUCAGGAUAUAGGUCUGCAUAGGCUGAACGCAAAUCAUUGGUUACCUGAGAUGUUUGCGGAUAGAGCGAGAGCUUGGCUGGCUGCGAUCAUAACGGAUAGAUGGUACGGUGGAGCUUUCGGACAACCUUUAGCUAUAAACUUGCUCGAUUGUGAAGAUCCGCUGGAAUCAUCAGACUUGCUACAUACAUCGGAUCUGACUCAUGCUUUCCAGGUGGAAAUGUAUCAUAUCAGCUGCCUUCUUGGUGACAUCAUGCAAGUCAUCUACCGCCCUAGGUCGCUGGAGAGAUGUACCGAUGACAUCUUGGAAUCACUCUUGCGGCAGAUAGACUCGCGACUAAGCUUGAUACCUGAACCUUUUCUGUUCACUGGAGAAUCGACUUCGGUCCAGGGUGGUUUAUUACGCCUAGUGACUGUUUCAACAGAGGUGAUCUUCUUCCGUUCAUUCGUCAAACAUAAUCGUAAACUACCUUCGCAUCUCACAUUUCGACCUACGCCCCAAAGAUGGUCGAGGACAGUCCAGAGGGCACGUCAAGCGAUAUCUUGGAUGAAUCAGCAUGGGGACCAUAUUCUAGAUUGUUGGUUGAUCGCAAAGUAUGCUAUUGUUUAUGCUGCAUUGGCACAAUAUUACAACUACGCCGCAGAAAGAGAUAUAGGAUCAUUACAAUCUUUAUCGACAGCGAAGGAUAUGAUGAACCGAUGGGCACUGGGCCACAAUCAGCUCAGACCCAUCGCAGCAAGGGCCAAGAUCGCCGAUAUAGUCAACCUAUUCUACAAAGCUGCGUUAGGAAUGACAGGGAAUACUCCCUCUGUCAGUAUACCAGCUCUGAUCACCCCUACUUCGUCUACGUCUCGGACCAGCUCCGAUUCAAGUCCGAGAUUUCAUUCGUCCACUUCCAGUAUACCCCCACGUCUAGAGCACUAUACCAACAUCUCGAUGGAAAAGAUGAGUCAAGGUGCAAGCGAAGACGAUACGAUCCCUCGACUGGAUACAUCGACAUUGGAUGAUUGGCUGGCUGAUUUCUUCAGACAACAUGAUAUACCGGAUGUGGGAUUAUCAACUUCCGCGAUGUAG